AUGUGUACAAUGCUCAGGCCUGGUAUAUCGGUCACCAAGCUUAUCCUUCCCACACACUUUGAUUGGAAUAGAUUAGAUGCUAGAGUCAAGAAGAAUCUCAGGGUCAUAUCAUUGAAUCCAAACAAAGAAACAGGUUUAUAUCCAGUGCUUAAACAAGAAGAUUUCGCUCAACUCGAGCAUAUCCAGAUCUCGCAUCGUUAUUUACUCAAAGAUUCAAAGCAACGCCAACUCUUCAUACCAGAAAGUGUUUGGAAAUUUACCAUCUUAUCUGCUGUCAGUUCCCAUCACCCAUAUGAUUUUGCCAAGAUUCCACAAAUCAGAAUGCUUAGGGUUCUAGGUUAUGUCAAUCACUAUGACCUUUCAGGCAAGAAUUAUGGUGAUGUUAUUGAAAGUCAAGUUACUUGGUUCAGAGAAAUUGGUUAUCAAUACAUUGGUUCAACAUUUAAAAAUAAUAAUAAUAAUAAUAAUAAUAGUAUAAUAGAUAAUAAUAAAUAUUCAAAUUUUAUUAUACGUAAAAUUAUUAGAAUGGUUUGGUAUGCAAGAGAUAGAUGUACAUGUGUCUAUGACCAAGACUAUUUGGAUAGAUUAGAAGAACAUAAUCCCAAGUUGGUAUAUGAUCAGGAAUUGAUUGAACAAUACCACUUUGUUAAAAAUCAAUGUGCUCUUCAUGCAUCAACAAAUAAGCCAUUUAAACUACUCUAUCAUACAAUGGUGGAAUCUAAUCGAUCACGAUUACAAUUGACACUCAUAUCCAAAGAUUUGUUUGAACAUGUCGCCUCCAACUUUUUCAACGAUACCACCUCUUAUCCAACACAAAAAAGUCAAUUCAAUGUAUUUAAAACAAUUAGAUCAAUUACUUGUUUUGAUUCUGACCAACAACUUGAAUUCAACAUCAUGGUUAAAAGAUGCGGAUAA